AUGAAACCAUCUAAACUGCAAGAUCAUCUGAGAAGAUGCCACUCUGAUAAAACAGAGAAAGAUUUGAAAUACUUUCAAUCACUCAAAGAUAAAUUUCAGAAAAGACCUGCACUGGACAGAAUGUUCACUUCGACGUCACAAAGAAAUGAUGAUGGUUUGCGGGCGUCUUACAAUAUCUCGUUACUUAUAGAAAAAUCCGGAAAACCGCAUACUAUCGGAGAGAAGUUAAUUUUGCCAGCCGUUGAAGAGGUUUUAUAA